AUGGUUCGUGAAACUCCAGUAUCAAUCGAUACCGUUCAAGCUAAUGUUGGUAUUCGUUGUGAUGUUGAUCGUAAAUCAUCAAUCAAAUCUCUUUCAUCUCAACGUCGUCAUGGAUUAAGUUGUUCCUCAUCAACCUACGAGGACGAAGGUUUUCAUGAUUUAACAAGACGAUUAUCAGAAGCUGAAUCGGAUUCAGGUGAUUUUCUACUUAGUUCAACAAAUUGUUCAGGUUUAACAUCACCAACACCGUCCACAACUGUCGAAGAAACAAAAUCUGAACAACAAGAGGAAGACCAAAAAUCAUUAACAGACAACGAUUAUUGUUUAGCGGCACAAAUUUCCAAUGAUGAAAAAAAGCAAUUUUGUUCCGAUAUGUGUUUCGUAUUUCAUGCUGAAUUUGAAUUAACAUUUGGCAGAUAUUUUCGUCCAGAUAUAUGGAUUUUAAUGCCAGUUUUAUAUGACGGUUCAUUAAAACUGCCUACAGAAUGUGAUUGUGAUGUUGAAAUAGCUAAAGUUCGAUAUGAAUGUGAACAAUGUGGUCAUUGUUGGACAUCUAUGCGUGGACAAAUAUCAUUCUUCUAUAUCUAUAAUAAAUCAGCAUCGCAAGGAACACUCUAUUUUAAACUAUUUAAUCAAAAUUGUGAUCAAUGUAAUCACGUAAACAGUCCACUUUGGUAUCCAGAAGAAGUCUGUCGUGUAUUACGUAAUGCAUUUGUUAUUAUAUGGAGAAAAUAUUAUCCUCAAUUACAUGUACCAGAAGUGCAACCAAAUCAUUAUCGUCGUUUUGGCCAGCCAAAAGGACAGCAUCAUGGUUGUGAAUCAUGUCAUGAUGGUGUAUGUGUAGCAUUAGCUGCUCUUCAACUUGGUUGUAAACUCGUUAAAUAA